AUGACCGAUGAAAAGAAUCGACACCUCGUGUCAGUUAUUAAAGGAAACAAAGCUUUAAGUAGCUCACGAUCAAGCCAUCACGAAGAAAAGACCAAAGAUGUUAAAGCAACGGAAUUUUCUAACACGUCGUCCUGCCGCGGGGUGGAAGGAGGCAACAGUCGCAGUCCACAUUUACUCACGCGUAAGAAAAGGUCCGGUCAGUCAGGUCAUCCGAUACAUUAA